GUUUUUUCCCUCCGCCCGCCUAAUUUGCUACCCGCCCCACCUCCAAGCUUGACCGUGCUGCCUUCUGGGAGAUGUAGUCCGUGGCUGCCCGGACUUCAAUUCCCAGCGGGCUUCGGGACGAGAACCCGGAAGGGGAGGCUGGAGAGAAGCGAGUGGGGGAAACCCGCGUAGCCGAGGGAGAUGUAUCGCGCGGCGAUGGGGCCGGUGAUCCCGAUGAACAGUUCCCCCGCGGACAUCCUCAGCCCCCCACAGUUCCCAACCAAAGCUGGACACUGAUCUCUCCGUCUGCUUCCUUCCGCCUUGGUGUUCUUAAUCUCUGCGCUGCCUGGCCCUUUAAAUCUCGAGCGUCAAUCAGGGCUUCUGUUCGAGGGAACGUUGUGUAAUACGCCUCACAAUAAUGAGGAGUGUCGUGGCCUUUGCCCUGACCUUGUUCUGUUUAGCUGGACGUUGGGAGUUGUUCCACGCUCCCUUAAAUCUGGCUAUGUCUAUCCCACCACCCCCCUCCCGUCACCUCUCGCCUACUCCUCCCUAUUUCGAAGUUGGGCCCCUUCGCCAAGGCCUGCCUUAUAUGGGCACGGCUCCGAAUGGCGGCCUCUCAUUGGCUGAGGCCGUCACGCGCGCUUCUGUCAACAAAGGGGCGGAGGGAAGCUAGACGCUUGCCAGCCCGCGCGGUGGCCGGAGGGAAGGAGCGAAGGGGCGGGCCCUCUUACCUUCGCACGCAUGCGUAUGGGCUGCCGCCUUCUCCCGCCGCUUGGGGGGGCAGCGGGUGGCAUGUGGAGCCUCCCACCACCAUUUAGGUCCUGAGAUGUGUUGAAGCCCAGCCUGUCUGCCAUCAUCCCCCAGCAUGGACCGCGGAAGCCUCCUGCCCUUCCAGCUGUGGUGCCCCCGGCCCUUUGGCACCUACUCACAGAACCAGCCUCGCCCAGCUUCUGCGGCCCUCAAGCCAUCAGCCUGCGCUGAGCCUGGUGGCGGAGUUGAGCCAGACCAUGGGCCUGCCCACUCAGAGAACACACCACCUGCCUUGGCCACCGAGGCCCCUGCCUCCCAGCCGGCUCCACUCCUCUCAGCAGCAGCUGCUGGCGAUGAGGGUCGAGUCCUCCUAGACACGUGGUAUGUCAUCAAGCCUGGGAAUACAAAGGAGAAGGUGGCCUUCUUUGUGGCCCACCAGUGUGGUGGGGGCAGCCGGGCCAGCUCCAUGAAGGUCAAGGGGCACUGGGGCAGCGACAGCUCCAAGGCCAAGCGGAGACGGCGCUGUCUUGACCCCACCAAGGCUCCUCCUGAUCCAGGGGGUCGGGAGGGGCCCCCUGCUACUGAGGAGGGCCCCUCCUCAGCUGGUGAGGAUGUGGACCUGCUCUCUGUGGCCGAGAUGGUGGCCCUGGUGGAACAGCGGGCAGCCCUGGCCCUGCAGAGCUACCCACGACCAGCCACCCCAGCACCUGUAGUCUUUGUGUCAGCUGAGCAGGGUGGACCGGCCAAGGGGGUGGGGUCCGAACGGCGGUCUGGCGGUGGGGACUGCAGCCGUGUAGCCGAGGCUGUGGCCCACUUUGAGGCGCAGAGGGACAGCCCUCCCACCAAGGGCCUCCGCAAGGAGGAGCGGCCCGGACCAGGCCCUGGGGAGGUGCGCAUCGCCUUCCGCAUCUCCAACGGCCGGGAGCCCCGUGCACCAGACAGCGGCCUGCCCAGUGGGGGCGGGGGCAGGCCUGGUUGUGCCUACCCUGGCAGCCCAGGUCCUGGGGCCCGAGCCAAGGACAAGAUCACGUGUGACUUAUACCAGCUCAUCAGCCCCUCGCGGGAUGCCCUCCCCAGCAACGUGGAGUUCCUGCUGGCCAGGGCGGAUGAGGCCAGCGAGGGUGAGAGCCCAGCGCCCGUGAGGCCCGAGGACACUCCUCCGGCGCCGCCUCCACCCCCUGCCCGGGACUGUGGAGCGUCCGGCUUCCACGUGGACGUGGUGGUGACGGGCGUGGUGGAUGAGUGCAUCUUCUUUGGCAAGGACGGCACCAAGAACGUGAAGGAGGAGACUGUGUGCCUGACAGUCAGCCCCGAGGAGCCGCCGCCUCCGGGCCAGCUCUUCUUCCUCCAGAACCGCGGGCCGGAUGGGCCCCCAGAGCCUCCCCCGGCAGACUCGCCGGCCACCGCGCCUGGCCCGGACGAUGCCGAGGGCACGGCGGAUACCUCCCUGUGCCGCCUAUACCGGCACGUGUCACACGACUUCCUAGAGAUCCGCUUCAAGAUUCAGCGGCUGCUGGAGCCGCGGCAGUACAUGCUGCUGCUGCCCGAGCACGUGCUGGUCAAGAUCUUCAGCUUCCUGCCCACCCGCGCGCUGGCCGCCCUCAAGUGCACCUGCCACCACUUCAAGGGCAUCAUCGAGGCGUUCGGCGUGCGGGCCACAGACUCGCGCUGGAGCCGAGACCCGCUCUACCGCGAUGACCCGUGCAAGCAGUGCCGCAAGAGAUACGAGAAGGGCGACGUGUCGCUCUGCCGCUGGCACCCCAAGCCCUACCACCACGACCUGCCUUACGGACGUUCCUACUGGAUGUGCUGCCGUCGAGCCGACCGCGAGACGCCAGGUUGCCGCCUGGGCCUCCACGAUAACAACUGGGUGCUGCCCUGCAAUGGGCCGGGUGGGGGCCGGGCAGGCCGGGAGGAGGGGAGGUGAAGCCGGGGGAGGGGCGGGGAGAGCCCACUAUGCCCGCCCCUCCCCCUCCCCCGGGAGCCGAGGGUCCGGACUGGGCCGCCUGCUCCCAUUCCCCCACUCCAGGCAGCAUUGAUCCCCCCACGGAACUGAGCCGGUGUUCAGCGGGAGUGACCCAGGAAAGCACUCUGCUGGCUCCUGUUGGUUUUCUAUUCUUCAGAACCAGGGCGGUGGACCCUCUGAGAAGGGUGAUUUUUUUAUCAGCAUCUCACUUUCUUCUACAUUCAGCCCCUACCCUCUCCCUGCCAUGCUCUCCACCCCAGGGACUCACCAGCAGGGAGCAGACGGCAGCUAAUUUUGGUACCACUUAAGGGUUCCCCCAUUCUGGCCCCCCAUCCUCUCCCACGCCCCAAUUCUUUUUCCAGGAGCUGUUAUUUCCCAAGAGGCCGCAGCGCCCAAGGUUGGCACCUCUUCUAACCUGCCACACCAGGGUUCACACCUCCCUAGGAAUUGAGGGCUGUCAGGUCACAGGUGGGAUUUGGGAUUUUUUCAUGACAGCCCGCCAUUUCUAGAUGGUUUCCCUAUUAAAGAAGUUGGGGGGGGGGCGAAAUGCUGUUUUCUCCUUAACCUCAAGCUACCAGUCUCACUUCCCCAGUGAGGAAGAAGGGAAAAAGCUGAAGUAUAAAAAUCCUCCUCCUCCCGUUAUUAUUUAAGCUACUGCCAUCACCCCCACUCCCAUAAAGCUGUGAAGCCCUUUGCCUGGCUCUUGACAGCGCAGGGGCCCAUGGGCAGGGACUGCGGAUUUGCAUUUCUGGGUUUUUCCUUCCACUCUGGGCUCGUUCAGGCAUCGGGGUCUCCUCACCCCCGGCCAUCUGUUUUUUUAAGAAUCCUUUGGUCAACCAGGACCUUGAUUUUUUUUCAGGCAUUUUGGUCUGGGGUAUUUUUGUUUGUUCUCUCUCUCUUGUUUUUCCCCCAUCAUUGUGGUUCUGGAAGCUUCUAGCGUGUGGCAUCUGACCAAUUUUGAAUUGGUCCUUUCUAUAAAAUCAAUAUUUAUAAGGC